AUGCCGUUUAACAGCACGACCCCUCCUGUCAUCGACUUGCGGUCUGCUUUGUCUCCCGCGAAGUCUGCGUCGCUGCACCAUCGCAAGUUUGAGGCCAGCACACUUUUUGAAGUACCUCGCAAUGCGCUUCGCAAGUUUCCAUUCGUGGAGCCGCGGAGCGUGAGUCUGCCUGGUGGCCUCAUGAGCCACGAACGCGAUGUCCGGCCUCGAGCACAGUGCUACCCAGAGUAG